AUGGACGUCGACAUGGCUUCGACCGACGGGGCGUCGCAGAAGCAGGCCUCCAAUUCCCCGUCGCAACCAGGAGCGCCCGCCUCGACGACCGCCACGACCAAUGCGCAAGGACAGUUGAGCUUUCGGAGAGCUUGCGAGACAUGCCAUGCUCGAAAGGGCGCUCUCCUCCGAACCCCCGAGUAUGGCGCAUGCUCACCUAUCCCCCGCCAGGUUCGAUGCGACGCCGCAAGCCUCGGCGUACCUUGCACGAAUUGUGUUGCCUUCCAGAUUGAGUGUCGCAUACCUCAGCCCAAGCGGAAGAAGGCCCAGACAUCCACGUCCCGGGAUUCGGACAGUGAGCGCGGCGAUGCCUCUGACGAGCGCUCUCCGCGGGCGGAAAGCGCCGGCGCCGCUCCCCUUACCGGCCGACCUCCUGCCGUGUAUCAUACCAGCGAGGGAACGCCGACGACCAGCAUGACUGAGGCCCAGACCAAGAAGGAAGAGGUGGACAAUUCGACCUUUGUGAACAUGGUCAUGAAACCCAAGUUCACCAGGGCGCCCAUCACCGAGGCUGGCCGAGUCGCCUAUCUCGGGGAAUCGUCAAACCUGACAUUGUUGGUCCAUGAUAGAGCCGGUUCAGCCGAUGUCGUUCACUAUCCUCUGCCGGAGAAUGUCCGGGGGUCCAGAGCCAGGCUUACAGAGCUGGACAAUGUAGAGAUCGACAUCCUACACAAGCGAGGCGCAUUUCUUCUCCCGCCCCGAGCGCUCUGCGAUGAGCUCAUCGAGGCCUACUUCAAAUGGGUACACCCCAUUGUCCCGGUCAUCAACAAGACACGCUUCUUCCGACAGUACAAGGACCCUAAAAACCCGCCAUCCCUGCUCCUGCUGCAAGCCAUGCUGCUGGCUGGGUCCCGCGUUUGCACAAACCCUCAGCUCAUGGACGCCAACGGAUCGACGACGCCGGCGGCGCUGACAUUCUACAAGCGGGCCAAGGCCUUGUAUGAUGCCAACUACGAAGACGACCGGGUCACAAUUGUUCAGUCUUUGCUGCUCAUGGGCUGGUAUUGGGAAGGCCCCGAAGAUGUCACUAAGAAUGUCUUUUACUGGACACGGGUGGCCACCAUUGUUGCUCAGGGGUCCGGGAUGCACCGGUCGGUGGAAGGGUCGCAGCUAAGCCGACCCGACAAGAGGCUCUGGAAGCGGAUCUGGUGGACGCUGUUCACGCGCGAUCGCUCCGUGGCUGUCGCCCUCGGCCGUCCGGUACACAUCAACCUGGACGACUCGGACGUGGAGAUGUUGACUGAGGACGACUUUAUCGAAGACGAACAAGACCAGCAGAGCGACUAUCCUCCAGAUCCCAUCCACGUGCAGUUCUUCCUGCAGUAUGUCAAGCUGUGCGAGAUCAUGGGGCUGGUGUUGUCACAGCAAUACUCGGUUGCCGCGAAAGGCCGCGGCAGAGACCCCAUCGACCUAACACACAGUGACAUGGCUCUCGCGGACUGGCUGCAAAACUGCCCCAAGAUCGUGUAUUGGGAGAUGCCCAGGCAUCAUUUUUGGUCGGCACUGCUUCACUCGAACUACUACACGACCCUCUGCCUCCUCCACCGAGCGCACAUGCCACCAGGUAGCUCAUCUCGGUUCGGUGACGACAGUGCGUAUCCGUCACGUAACAUCGCGUUCCAGGCUGCAUCCAUGAUCACGUCCAUUGUCGAGAAUCUCUCUGCCCACGAUGAGCUUCGCUAUUGCCCUGCCUUCAUCGUGUACAGCUUGUUCUCGGCGCUGAUCAUGCAUGUCUAUCAAAUGAAGUCGCCCAUCCCAUCCAUACAGCAGGUCACGCAAGAUCGUAUGAGGACAUGCAUGGCGGCAUUGAAGGACGUUUCGCGAGUAUGGCUUGUCGGAAAGAUGGUCUAUACCCUCUUUGAGGCUAUCCUAGGCAACAAGGUCUUAGAGGAGAGGCUCCAGAAGGCGGCAGGCAAGCGACAUAAGAAGGCACAGCAGAGUCUAGCACAGCUGGAGCAGCAUGCGCAACGGCAGCAGGCUGCGUCAGACCUCUCCAAACGGAAGUAUGACGAGAUGGCUAUCGACUUCAGCGUCAAUACGCCGCAGGCGCCCGAGUCUUACGAAAGAUCGCGGCCACAGACACCCAGCCUGGCUUCAAAGAACGACUCAACACCGCACACCAUGCCACCGCCGAUCACGUCGCCGCCGGCUCGGCCGAUCGACGCGUUCAUGGGCGGCACAUCGUCCCGCCCCCAUACUCGACCGACCACUCCCUUCAACCCGUCGUUCUCCGUCCCCACUACGCCGCCAGACCUCUAUCUCGUCACCAGGAAUUCGCCCAACCUGUCCCAGUCGGUGUGGGAGAACUUCCAGCCCGACCAGCUCUUCCCGGAGAGCUCGAGCAUGCCGAUGGUGCCAAAUAUGUCUCCGCCUCAGCCGCACCAGACCAUAGAUUCGAGCAUGAUCAGCCAGAUGCAGGCCCAGAACCUUGGGGGCCAACCGCAUGCGCACCAGCAGUACGGGCAAAGGAUGACGCCCAAGGGCGGCAUGGGCGGCAGCCCGCUCCAGGGCCACCACCUCUUGCAACCGGGCAUCCAGGGCUUCCCGGGCCAGCCCGCCAACAACCUCUGGCAGCCGGGCUUUGGCGAUACACCGAUGCCGGACGGCCAGAGCCCCGAUAGCUGGAGCACGGGUUCUGGGCAGGGUCAGCCGGUGCCAUCUACGCUCAAUGUUGAGGAUUGGUAUGUCGACGCCCCCCAACAUAGGAUGAUGCCGUUCCAAUUCUUUGGUAUCAACGGGGAUCCCAACGGGGUGAACUUUGAAAGCUUGGGCCUUCCCUAG